CACAACGUUGGACGUUUCGAACAGUCCAAACGCCUGUUGCUCGCCUGGCAGUCGUGACCAGAGUGUUAGACAUAAUGCCUACUUUUCUUCAUCGCUUCGUGAGCUGCUGCUCUGCUACAGACAUUGAAAGCAAACAGGAGGUUUCGGAAGAACAGCAUCGGCACUGGCCUGUGUUCGUGGCUGAGUUGCUAUCCCUUGUGAUGGUGCUGAGCUGCUUAGGAGUAGCGCUCUACUUUGUCCUGGCACCACGAAGAGCGGUUCCUUUCGAUCCACCACUAAUCACGAUGAUACGACCAGAAGGACAGGUGGCCGACCACAGUGAAGUGUCCGGUGGCGGCCUUCUGUACGGCCAUGCCGAAAAAGGAGCAAGUAUGACGCCCUCUGCAAACAUCCCGCAGGAUGAAGACUUCUCUUCGACGAGUGACACGGCACCUGCCGGCGCAACAUCGCGCGGUAACGGCACCGUGCUUCAUGGCAAGGCAGCUAUGCAUCACGAGUAUAACGCGGCGCAGCAUCCCCCAUUGGAUCACCGCUGUGGCGCGAAAGCACACUUCACCUGGUGCUCGCACCACAACCAAAUGGACAAGUUCUUCUUCCAAACGAACAAGCGCAGCUGCGUGUCGCUAACUGCGGUCCCACCACCGCCCUGCCUAGUGGGCUACAACCGUUUCCGCUCGAUGCACGAGUGCAAGAGAGCUUGCUAUGACCAGCCGGUGCCACUGGACAAGUGCUUAUUCCCGGCAGAGUUCCACGACUGUACACCGAGCGACAUCUCCCGGAAGUGGUACUUCGUCCGCAACGGGACAUGCGUAUCGUGGCACUUCCGUGGAGGUAACUGCGUGUCCCCCCGACUGCCCCUGUUCCGCAGCGUGGAAGACUGCCGUGCCCUGUGCCUAGGAGGACGUGUGAGCGAGCGGCACCCCGCUUGCGCAGAUUCACCCGUAGAGCACGUCUGCUCACCGCUGCAAAUGCGCUUCCCAGUAUACGCGGUGAGCAGGAGUCUCCACAAAUUAUCCUGCGUCAUUGUGGACCCAGCUGAACUACGUUGCCUGAGCGGGACUAAUCGGUUUCGCAGUAAGCCAGAAUGUGAACAAGCCUGUCUCCACUGAACAGGCUUUGUCUUUAUCGAGUGCGCUGGAGUGAAAAGAUGCGGAACCUUAUAUUGUGGUAUAGUGUAAUCGUUAAAAUGGUGUGCUGUGCGCUGCUCUUCCGUGCUCUGAAUGAAUAGAUUGUAAGAUGCUAUAACCACAUAAAGAACCGCUUGUAGGAACAAAUUUGA